AGAGAAUGGUCUACCGUUGAUGACGGAGUAUUGUGCGACGCACAUGCCUUCCUUUGGUUUUGACAGAACAGAGGAUGAAGUUUGUGCUUUUUUGGUCUUCUUUAUCUCCUUAAAUAAUUCACGAGAUUAAAUUAAGUGACGUUUAUCUCUAUGUCAAUAUAUUUGCUGCGUUUAGUACAGUAUAGAGAGUCAGAGAGGGAAGGUCAGCUUCGAGUCUCUAAAGUUAUUAAGUUUAUUUGGUAACAUGCAUAAAUUGUGAUUACCUGAUUUAGCAUUAAGACAAAAUAAUUAAAAAAGUAAAGUAUAUUAAUAAGUCUUUACAUGUAUUGAUUAAAACUGAUAACAUGGUAUCAACGUUUACAUUAAAGGCCAAAUUAGGAUUAAAACCCUUAGAUAGUUUGUUUCGUCAUGAGCGCACAAACUUUUUGACUCAGAAAAUAUCUCCAUGGAAAUCACAACACCUGCUCUCCACUGCACGCUUUCUGUGCAUAAAGGACACCAAGUCAAACCAAGGUGGUAAACGGACAGACAAAAUGAAGAGCAGAGACUCAGAUGGACAAUUUGUAACAGAAAACAGCAGACAAGGAAGAGCUGAUUUAUACAGUGGUGAUGUGGAUAGAAAUAGUGAGAGAUCUACCCUUCGGGAGAGAUCGUACCUUCCCAAGUCUGUGUUUGCUGCAGGGACAGCGAAGAGGAUGGCAGAAAUGCAAAAGAAGAAGGCAUCUCCAGAUAAUUAUAUUAAAGAACCUCAGGCGACAAGGAGCAGGGGCAAAGGAAAGAUGGUGCCCCCCGACCAGCCGCUUCCUCCAGAUGAAUGGAGGAAACUGAAGGAGUCUUUUGGAAAUCCACAGCGCUUUGACGUUCAGAUGAUGAACUCCAUGUUCACCUCAGAAUCCGAGCUGGAUGUUGCAAAAUCCCUGCUCACAUUUGUAGCCAUGGAAACGGGCACUUUGUCUUAUGAGCUUCUACUUCGGUAUCUAACGCUGUGUGUGAGUGGCGGUCAUGAUGAUGAAGUGUUUGACCUCUACAACAUCAUGCGGGAAACUUUCCCCGCCCUGGAGACUGGAGCCUCCACCCUUUUCAUUAAGUCCUUCAGUCGGACGGACCGAUGGAAGGAGGGUCUGAACCUCCUGCAUGAAAUCAAAAAGGUUUUCACCCCGUCCCCACGUAACUAUGGCGAUGUCAUUUCAGCAGCAAUGCUGCAUGGUGACACGGCCACGGCUUGGACUCUUUAUGAUGAAUUACUUGUAAAGGGUCUAAGUCCGCACCCCGAGACCUGGCAUGCUCUUUUUACUAAAAAGACUGAGAAGAAACAGUCCUCAGGAGAGGCUGAGCAUCAUGAGAGGCUGCUGGGAAUUCUGCUCUACAUGAGGAACAACCAGAUCUACCCAAACAAAGCAGUUGCCAGUGCGAUCAAGACGUGGUUUGAGAGCCUCUCAAAUCAACAGUGGACAGGAAGCUGGACCAGCCCCAGACCCAAGGGACUGUGCAGGGGUUGUGGAUCAGAACUGGAGUCCAUCCAGCUUACUGCUGAAGAGUAUCAGGAGCUGAAAGACAGAGUCAUGGCGGAUGUCAUUCAAGGACCAGAUGUUUUUAAAAAGACCACUCCAGAG